GGAGGAGGCGUGGCCACCCCUCCGGGCGCGAGGGUGGCACAGCCCAUAGCGGCGACCGGAGCGAGGCGGGCGAGACCAAGGGGGGCGGCGCGGGGGGAGGAGAGAGGAAAAGGGGAAGCGAGGAAAAGACGGGAAAGGAGGCGGGGCGGCGAGGAGAAGCGCUAAGAUGGCGUCGGCCGGGCCCGAAUCCGGGGGCAGCAGCAGCAGCAGCAGCGGCGCCGCCACGGGGGCACCAGGAGCAGCAACCUUCAAAAAGUCCUUGGAGGUGCCAGGUUCCUCCGGGCACAUGUCCUUGCAGACGAUAAAGAAGGGCCACCGGAGCGUGGAUUCGACCGGAGAGACCACAUAUAAAAAGACGACUUCCUCGGCUCUCAAAGGCGCGAUCCAGCUUGGCAUCACUCAUACGGUGGGCAGUCUGAGCACCAAGCCAGAGCGGGAUGUUCUCAUGCAGGAUUUCUACAUGGUGGAGAGCAUCUUCUUCCCCGGCGAAGGCAGCAACCUGACCCCGGCCCACCACUACAACGACUUCCGCUUCAAGACCUACGCCCCCGUGGCCUUCCGCUACUUCCGCGAGCUCUUUGGCAUCCGGCCGGAUGACUACUUGUGCUCCCUUUGCAGCGAGCCCCUCAUUGAGCUCUCCAACUCCGGGGCCAGCGGCUCCAUCUUCUACGUCUCCAGCGACGAUGAAUUCAUCAUCAAAACUGUUCAGCACAAGGAAGCCGAGUUCCUGCAGAAGCUGCUGCCGGGUUACUACAUGAACUUGAACCAGAACCCCCGGACGCUGCUCCCCAAGUUCUACGGCCUCUACUGCGUCCAGGCGGGGGGCAAGAACAUCCGCAUCGUGGUGAUGAAUAACCUGCUCCCCCGGUCGGUGCGGAUGCAUCAGAAGUACGACCUGAAGGGCUCGACCUACAAGCGCCGGGCGUCGCAGAAGGAGCGCGAGAAAGUCUUUCCCACCUACAAGGACCUGGACUUCCUGCAGGACAUCCAAGAUGGUCUCUUCCUGGAUGCCGAUAUGUACAGCGCCCUAUGCAAGACCCUGCAGAGGGACUGCUUGGUUCUGCAGAGCUUCAAGAUCAUGGAUUACAGUUUGCUCGUGGCGAUUCACAACCUGGACCUGGCUCAGCGGGAACGGGCGGUGGCGGACGGGGCCUCCCAGGCAGACAUGCGGCGGCCGGCGGGCCAGAGGGCCCUCUACUCCACCGCCAUGGAGUCCAUCCAAGGAGAGGCCCGGCGGGGGGGCACCAUCGAGACAGAUGACCAGAUGGGGGGGAUCCCAGCCCGAAACGCCAAGGGGGAGAGGCUGCUCCUCUACGUGGGGAUCAUAGAUGUGCUCCAGUCCUACAGGUUUAUGAAGAAGCUGGAGCACUCCUGGAAGGCGCUCGUUCACGAUGGGGAUACAGUCUCGGUUCACCGGCCGAGUUUUUAUGCAGAAAGAUUCCAGCAGUUCAUGUGUCAUGCGGUGUUCAAGAAAAUCCCUUUGAAAUCCUCCCCUUCGAAAAAGAGCCGGUCCGGGAUGGGCCCUCCCCGUCGGCCGGGCCAAACCGGAGCCCCUUCUCAGGUGCUGGGGCAGGGCGAGACAAAAGUCCAGGUCACGAUGGAGGCCGAGGUGGAGCCAGGUUCCCACCUGGGCCGCCCCGACCUGCUUCCCCAGACGCCCCCCAUCGAAGAAGCCAACAGCGAUUCAGCAGCGACCACCUUAUCCACCUCUUCUCUGGGCAGCCCCGGGCACAGCUCGCCAGCAAACCGGUCAGCAGGAGCAGAAGCACCCCCACCAGGCACCCCAAAGGACCCGGCUGCGCCCCCUCCAGAAAGCUCUUCCCUUAGUGCUUCGCCCAGCCCUGCCAGCCGAGGGCAGCCAUCUGAGCUGACGCAGCAACUUGGAGAUUUGGCCGAAAUGGAAAUCAGUUGUCACGCCCGUGCCCGGGGGGAGAAGCCUUGUUUCCAGCGCAGCGUCAGCGUGGAAGGCAGGGCUGGGGGCCAGCCCCCACUCGGCCCUGCUCCCCCCGGCCGGGGAGCCGUGCCCGUGCCCCGACUGGCACUGCCAUGCCUCCUCUGCCCCCCCAGCGUGGACAACAGCGAGUACAUGCGGAACGGGGACUUCCUCCCCACCCGCCUGCAGGCGCAGCAGGACGCCGUCAACAUCGUCUGCCACUCGAAGACGCGCAGCAACCCGGAGAACAACGUCGGGCUCAUCACGCUGGCCAACAACUGCGAGGUGCUGACCACCCUGACUCCGGACACGGGCCGCAUCCUGUCCAAGCUGCAUUCGGUGCAGCCCAGAGGGAGGAUCACGUUCUGCACUGGGAUCCGAGUGGCUCACUUGGCUUUGAAGCACCGCCAAGGGAAGAACCACAAAAUGCGCAUCAUUGCCUUCGUUGGGAGCCCCGUGGAAGACAAUGAGAAAGACCUUGUGAAACUGGCCAAGCGGCUGAAGAAGGAGAAGGUGAACGUGGACAUCAUCAACUUUGGAGAAGAGGAGGCCAACACGGACAAGCUGACAGCUUUCAUCAACACCUUGAACGGCAAAGAUGGCACCGGCUCCCACCUGGUGACUGUGCCUCCUGGGCCAAGCUUGGCCGACGCCCUCAUCAGCUCCCCGAUCUUGGCUGGGGAGGGAGGAGCCAUGCUGGGCCUGGGAGCAAGCGACUUCGAGUUCGGCGUGGAUCCCAGCGCUGACCCAGAGCUGGCACUGGCUCUCCGAGUGUCGAUGGAAGAGCAGCGACAGAGGCAGGAGGAAGAAGCACGGAGGGCGCGGGCAGGAACGCCGGCGGAGGCUGGUAUUCCAGCCACUGGUGGGGAUGAUUCAGAUGAUGCUCUGCUGAAAAUGACCAUUGGGCAGCAAGAAUUUGGCCGAGCUGGCCUGCCUGACCUCAGCACCAUGACCGAAGAGGAGCAGAUCGCCUACGCCAUGCAGAUGUCUCUUCAGGGGGCCGAGUUUGGACAAGGCGAGUCGGCGGAGGGGGAGAGCUCGGCUGAUAUGGACACGUCAGAACCUGCCAAGGAAGAAGACGACUACGAUGUCAUGCAGGACCCCGAGUUCCUGCAGAGCGUUCUAGAAAACCUGCCGGGGGUCGACCCCAACAACGAGGCCAUCCGCAACGCUAUGGGCUCUCUGGCCUCCCAGGCCUCCAAGGAGAACAAGGACAAGAAGGAGGAAGACAAGAAGUGAGGGGGGGCUGAGCCCCUCCCUGUCCUUGUGCCCGUGUACCUCCCGGGCUGUCUGGCCCGAUAGUGGUCGGUUGCCAUAAUCUUUCAGGGGCUGUCUGUCUGCAGGAUGUGGGGUUGUUGGGGGGUGGGGUCCUUUUCUCAUUUUGCUUCUGGUUGAACAGUUAAUAAAACCCUUAAAUUUUC